CUCGUCACUCAACGAAACCCAAUUGGCCUUUCAGGUGAGCUGCUGAAGCUCUUCUCCAUCGUUCGCUGCGACGUUGGCGGGAUGUCUGCAGCAGGCCAGGCCAUGACGCAGGUUCCUGCGGCUUGAGCUCUACUCCCAAUGCAACUCCAGAACCAUCGAUUGGACGGGGCAUAUGUCGGAGAUCCUGGAGAAGAAGCUGGUUCCGCGGCCAGGCGUUGUCAGGCCCCCGGUUUCACUGCGUGACUGCAGUGACAUUCUGCAUAUCCUUUCUCUGACUGAGCUUAGAUCAAGGCUAUUUCUGAUGGGCUUGCUCAUGCUUGUCCCAGCUUCUUGCGUUUCCCCCUCACUCUCUUUGCUCGAAUCCCACGCCCCCUAAAGGCCCGAAAGUCACAGAUCAUACCCGGUCCGUCGAAUGGCAUCUUUCCAUUCCGUGAGAACCGUCCGCCGAGAGAUUUUCGAGCGGGGAUAGAUCGCUCUUGGUCUUGGCUUUCUUUCGGCAUUGCUUUCCGCCCUUUGGCCCAUAUAAACCAGGCUGGAAACCUGGAAACUUUUCGCGGGUGGACCACGGCAGAUCCGAAGUGUUCGAGUUUCUGGCCUUCGGGCUUUUCUUCAGUCUUUGCAAAGUACUGACGGAUACUACAAACAUUGCGCGUUAGCACCCACCGGCUGUCUCUCUCCCCCAUCUUCGGCACAUCCAUGUCAACUUGAGAGUUUUAUUUAUAUCCGCAUAACUCUUCGCCAACCAACGUCGCUUGGUCAGAGCUUUCAGUUUCUUCGAGGGGCAUCCCAUUCUCAGUGAAGCUGAAGCUACUGCUUCUCAACCACCUUUCUACGUCGCGAUCAGAGGCGCCCUAUCGAAACAACGCACCGAAAACACCGCAAAGAUGAGCUCAACGAGUGGCAACUACGGCUCCGUCACCAACUCGGCUCCGGUCGUGAACGGCGACUCGCACGCCCACGCCGAUGAAGAGCAGCCCCUUCUUGGCGGCGGAGGCGGCGCCCGGAAACCAGCUUCCAAGUCUCUGCGAAAGAAGCUCACUACAGACGUGCAGCGCGACUGGGCCGACCUGGUUCUCUUGGCAUGCUACAUCAUCACCGGCCUGCUCGACAGCUCUUCCAUCUCCAUCUGGGGCUCUUUUGUGUCUAUGCAAACAGGAAACACAGUCUACAUCGGCCUCGGCCUCGCCGCGCCCACCGAAUCCACCCGCUGGAUCAAAUCCGCCACCUCGCUCAUCUCAUUCUGUCUCGGCUCUUUCUUCUUCAGCCGUUUCCACCGCUUCUUCUCUCCCAAGAAGCGCUGGGUCCUCUGCGCGUCCUUCAUCGCCCAGACGCUCCUCUGCGUCGCCGCCGCCGUCAUCCUGACCGUUGGUCCUGCGGCCGGCAAGGACGAGAUCGCCUGGAACGUCCUGGUGCCUAUCGCCCUCAUUGCCUUCCAGAGCUGCGGUCAGGCUGUCACCAGCCGCGCGCUCAAGUAUAACGCGCUCACCAGCGUCGUAUUGACGAGUAUCUACUGCGACCUGUUCUCUGACGCUGAGCUAUUCAGCGUCCGCAAUGCUGAGCGGAACCGAAGGGUCGGCGCGCCUGUAUUGCUUCUUGUUGGUGCCAUUUGCGGUGGCUUGUUUGCGCACAGUUCCCUGGGAAUUGCUGGUGCUCUGUGGACGGCCGCUUUCUUGAAGUUCCUCAUCGUCUUGUCGUGGUUCUUCUGGCCUGGUGAACCGACUUCCGACGAGUAGAUAAGAUGGGUUUUGUGCAGCUUGCUAUCCGGGCCUUGCUCAUCCGAGAGACUUGGAUACUUAGUGUUCUAAGACAUAGUUGCAAGAUGAUAAGCUACUAUGGCAUUUAGUGUGGGCUGAUAGACAACCUCAAGGUCUGGCGAAUCAAGUACAUUGAGCAUAUAGGCUUCUGAAGUUCAUGGAGCAAAUAUAGUAACGAUUUUCAAAAACUGCGAAGAA